AUGGACGGAUCUCGGCUUCAAAGGUCGGCUACAACCCUGUCCCGAUCCAGAAACUCCGACCCGUUGCGACGCACGGUGAGUGUCACGGCAGCGAAACGACGAGAACGGUUGAUGAAGAGGAACGUGAAUCUACAGUCUUUCACGUCGACAGAAGCCAGCUUUGAUGAAGGCGGCGUUCCUCAGAGUUCAACAUGGUCCGGCUUCAACGAUCGCCCAGGCACUCCACCUCCGCGGUCCCAGCUGAACCUGCCUUCUAGAGACCCCCACUUCUUGGCUCCACCGACUCCGUACGAAAGUAAACUCUUCGAAGGAGAAGCGCCGCCUCAUCGCCGGGUACUGUUUUGUUUUGAGCUUGGUAUUAUACUAGACAACGUAAUUUUAGAUUUAUCAGAGAAGUAGCGUUAGUUUUGUAUAGGUAACUUAAGAUUGGAAAUCAGACAAUUUUUUAUGGAUUUUAUUUCAAACGAAAAAUGAGAUUUAAAUUUUAAUUUUCGACGUUUUGGCAUAGUCUUUUCGAUGAUUUUUUGUGCAAAAAUAUAAAUUUUGAAAAGAAUUGCUAAAAAGGGUAAACUUUUUCGUAACAAAUUUAAAACGUUUAAACUUGUAACACUUCAGCAGAGCUGUUUUACGUUAUGAUAAUCGUAAAAACUUUUCGUUUUGCAUAAAAAAAAUUUUACUUACUCUAAUUUAGUUUACUUUUAGGCCAAAAAGUUCUAUUAUUUAGGUAAUUAUCUUUAUAUGUGCAAAUUUCACAUUUUUUCGAUUAUUUUAUUUAGUCUUGAGCAAAUUUAACAUGUAUAACAUGAAAAUGCUCAUCUUCUCCUAUUUCUUUAAUUAAAAACAGCUAUGGGUUUGGGUUUAAGAGUAAUAUUAGGUAUCAAAACACGGUUGAGUAUUCAUAACAUUUGCAAGAAGAUGUUGUUUGGCCGUGUUGUUGUGCAGGAAUUCUAACAAGAUACGACCAUGUUGUGUAUGCUGUCUGAGAAGUGACGAUACGGGGAUAAUAAGGCGUGCAAAUGACCUCGGAGUAUUUAUUUAUUACUGAAUGUAAUUGUUUACUGGGCCUUGUUGUUGAUCCCCUCAGGCACUCGCUUCCGGCACAUUCCGCUUGAUCGCGGUUUAAAAGUUUUUUCCAAAAAUUAAUUCGCGAGGUUUCCAGGCAAUUGGACCUGGCCCUCGAGAGUCUCGACCCUUUUGUCCUUUAUUCGACUACUUAAUAACAAUUACGGUUGUCAUGUCUUCAGUCUAUCGUCCCUUCCACGAGUUUAACGACGAGGAGCUACAGGUAUAUGUUGAGUUAUGUUACUGUGAGGUGUAAGAGUUGGCAAAAGUUACUCUGCAAAGGAGUUGCUAUGUAAAGUUACUGUUCUGUGCAUAAUUUGUUAUGCUUUUGGCGAAACUCUAGUGAAAUGCUUGUAAAAGAGCCUAAAAUAAUAUAAACUAUGAGAUUUAGGCUUUAAAUUACAUUUAAAGUUUAGAGCAACAGAGAAAAUGGUUAAAUACCACGCUGUUUAGCCAGAGGUCUGCAAAAUAGGUACGAAAGCAGGGAUAGAUAAUAUAAUUGAUGUCUUUGUCUGGCCACAUUCACCAUGAUGUUUCCAGCAGUGACAAAAACCAUUUUGAGAGUUUUCUCGUGCUAAGUAGUACUUCUCCUACCAAACUCACUAAACAUAAUGUUUUACAGGGUAACUAUCUUGCACUUAAUAGCACUUUACUGUGGUAUCUUGUCUCUAAUGUUAUGUUUCAGGAUACUCUCGAGAAGAUACCAAUACGAGCUCGGAGUCAGAGUUGGCUGAUACGAACGCGACAUCUGUUGGAUGACGAUAAGGUAGGUUAAGGUUGGGUGUAUUUGUAUUUAAGAAGUGGUUUUAUGGUAACUACCAUAGAGUAAGAGUACGAUAUAUUGUUAUAUGCUUAUUAAUUGGUAAAAUUAUUUUAUUUUUAAGUACACCCCUUAUUCUUCAGAAACGCCCUACCCCGGUGAUAACAACAUGCCUGUUCGCUCUCUCCAUCCUCACACUUAUCUUAACGUUCCCGUUCUGUGUACCGUUCUGUAUAAAAGUAGCAAAGUAAGUAAUUCGAUUUACCUAACUCAAUUUGCGGUAUUUCUGGAGUAGUAAUAUGUAAAGAGUAAUGCUGGGAGUAGAAAGAGUCAUAUAAAACUUGACUUGAAUUACUAUAUACACUGAUAGUACCUUCAAUAGGUAUUAGAACAUGAAGUGUCAGUAUACUUAUUAAGGUAAACAUUGUAUUACAUAUGAAAGAAUAGGUAAAGACAUCUUUUUGAUUAUAAUUAAGUAAAUUUACAGAGAAUACGAAAGAGCAGUCGUAUUCCGAAUGGGACGGUUGUUACGGUCGGGUACCAAAGGGCCGGGUAUCUUCUUUGUCAUCCCCUGCAUCGACACUAUCAAAAUGGUAUGUUCACUACAAUUCUCAUCGAAAGUCAAACAAGUAAUGACUUUUCUGACAAAUAAUAAAAGUUCAGACCACUUUUACAAAUUUAAAAUACAGUAAUUUUAGGUACAAAACUUUACUUUUGUUGUUACCUAAUGUUAAACCUAUACUACUUUUGAUGUAAUACCACAAUUGCAGGUAGACCUUCGUGUCUUGUCAUUCGACGUUCCUCCCCAAGAAAUCUUGAGUAGAGACACGGUGACGGUGUCAGUAGAAGCCGUCAUCUACUUCAGAAUAUCUAAUCCCAUCAUAUCAGUCACGAAUGUCAACGACGCCCAGUUCUCCACGAAGUUACUGGCACAGACCACCUUGAGGAAUGUGUUAGGUACUAAAACACUGUCAGAGAUCCUGAUGGAAAGGGACAACAUUGCUAGUGUAAGUCAAGGUUUGGGGAAAGUAAAGAAUACUUUAUUUGAUAUUGUUUUACUUUUUGUUCUUCUAUCUUAUGUUGUUGUAGCCUUUAUUAUACAUUAUUUUCUUAUCCUGACAUUGUUUCAGAUAACCGAAAAAGUGCUGGACGAUGGCACAGACCCCUGGGGUAAGUUCUCCGUACCUACAUUCUAAUAUGACUUUAGGAGUAAAGGUGCAGAGAGUCGAGAUCAAGGACAUCAGGCUACCUCACCAGCUAAUGAGGAGUAUGGCGGCCGAAGCCGAGGCCGCUCGUGACGCCAGAGCCCGAGUAAUCGCGGCCGACGGAGAGAAGAACGCCAGCAGAGCUCUAGUGGAUGCAGCUGAUGUGAUUCGAGAGAACAAGACCUCGUUCCACCUCAGGUUCCUGCAAACCAUGUCCCACAUCGCUGUGGACAACAACAAGACCAUCGUAUUCCCACUGCCAAUGGAGAUCGUACGAUCUGUGAUGAAGCGGUGGAAUGGCGGCAAGAAGAGCCAACAGAAGAUCAUGUAG